CCCACACUCUAGUAUAUCAUCCACACACCUGUCUUUCUCUUCUCUCUUCUUGAAAACAAACAUCUUCCUGUGAUUCGUGACAAGCUAAAAACAAACUAAAAUGGAACCACAUGCUGUUCCUCCCUCAAGGAAUCGACAUGCAGUUUGCAUACCUUAUCCAGCACAAGGCCACCACUACAAGAAUACAGUUCAUACUCCGACGGACGUAUUAAUCGCAAGAUGCGAAGGUGCCGGUAACGGUGGGGUAGCAGAAAUAGCGGUGGAGGGAGUUGGCGGUGACGAUGGCAGUGUAAGGAGUUUAGGCGGUGGUGUAAAGAGACACAUCAACCCCAUGCUGAAAGUUGCCAAGCUUCUCCACGCCAGAGGCUUCCACGUCACCUUCGUCAACACCGACUACAACCACCGCCGCAUCCUCCGAUCACGUGGUCCUCACGCUCUCGACGGUCUCCCCUCCUUUCGCUUCGAGACUAUCCCUGAUGGUCUUCCUUGGACCGACGUAGACGCUAAGCAGGACAUGCUUAAGCUUAUAGACUCCACCAUGAAGAACUGUUUAUCCCCGUUCAAAGAUCUUCUCACCCGGUUGAACUCCGGUUCUGAUGUACCGCCGGUUAGCUGUAUAGUCUCUGACGCUUCUAUGAGUUUCACGAUUGACGCGGCGGAGGAGCUUGAGAUUCCGGUGGUUUUGCUUUGGACAAACAGUGCUACUGCGCUUAUCUUGUAUCUUCACUAUCAAAAACUCAUCGAGAAAGGGAUCAUUCCUGUAGAAGAUGAGAGUGAUUUGAAGACAGAGAUAGACUGGUUACCAUCGAUAAACACCAUUCAGCUCAAAGACUUUCCAGACUUCAUCAUCAAGACCGAUCAUCAACACCUCAUGCUUAACUUCAUCACGCACGUGACCGAAAGAUCCAAACGCGCUUCCGCUAUAAUCACCAACACUUUCGAAAACCUCGAACACGACGUCGUCUCGUCCCUGCGAUCGAUUCUCCACACUCGGAUCUAUCCAAUCGGACCGUUACCGAUCCUAGAGAACCGGGAAGUUAACCGGGACAGCGAGAUCGGACGGCUGAGAUUGAAUCUAUGGGAAGAAGAGAUUGAAUCUUUAAAUUGGCUCGAGACAAAGGAGAAGAAGAGUGUGCUUUACGUUAACUUCGGGAGCAUAACGGUUUUAACGCGCGAACAGCUCAUAGAGUUCGCGCGGGGAUUAGUGGCGAGCGGGAAGGAGUUUCUCUGGGCGGAGCGAUCGGUUCUUCUCCCGGCGGAGUUUCUAUCGGAGACGAAGGCGGAUCGAGGGAAGGUGGUUACGGGGUGGUGUCGUCAGGAGAAGGUGCUCUCGCAUCCGGCGAUCGGAGCGUUUUUGACUCACUGCGGAUGGAACUCGACGGUGGAGAGCGUGGUCGCCGGCGUUCCGAUGAUCUGUUGGCCGUUCUUCGCCGAUCAGCUGACGAAUCGGAGGUUCUGUUGCGGGGAGUGGGGGCUGGGGGUGGAGAUCGGAGGCGAAGUGAGGAGGGAGAGAGUUGAGGCGGCGGUUAGGGAGGUGAUGGAUGGAGCGGGAGGAGUUGAGGUGAGGAAGAAGGUGAUGGAGUGGCGGCGCGUGGCGGAGGAAGCUUCGGCGCCGCCGUGUGGUUCCUCUUUUGUUAAUUUGGAAAUGGUGGUUAAUGAAGUCCUUAGUGACAGUUAGAUCGAUAUUACUGGGCUUGCACGUAACGAAAGCUCAGUUGAUAUAAAUAAGGCCCAUUAUAGAGUGAGAAAUGUCUCUCAGUCAGUAUCAUUUGAGAUGGAUUUGAAUGAGAAUAAACUCAAAACUUUGUAAAAUCACAAUAUAAAAGAUAUACAUGCAACCUUUUUUUUGUUUCUCA